AUGGAUGAACUUACUAUUGGCUCAUAUAUCAGGGAUCGCUCGCCAUCCCUUGAUACCAUUCCUCUCGACAUACUUUUCGAUAUAUUUCAGCAUCUUCCUAUCCAAAGCAUCCUGGCACUACGACAGACUAGUAAAAGUUUUGAUGCCAUCACCCGUCUGCGCAGUCUCUGGGCUCUCCUUCUGCGGACUCUUGUUCAGGAGCAAAACAUCCCUAUACCCUCCUUCGAUGGGAAAUCCCCAGAGUCUCUGUCAGCCUUAGAGCUCGAGCGGUUUACAUGUCGUGCACUUGCUCUUCGCAUCAACUGGACUAACCCUAAUCCGAAUCUGAAGAGAGAAAUCCAUUUCGGGGCGACCGUGAAAGAUCCGGACGUUUUCUUUAUGGAGUUUCUCCCUGGCAGAGGAAAUCGUUGGUUAGUUUCUGUCGCGAUUCGGGCACGCAGAAAAUGUAUCAUCCAGUGCUGGGACCUUACCGUCCUACAACCCGUGUGCAUAGCAAAACUCACGUACACGGAUGAGACAUACAACCGUGUUGUUAUCAAUAACGAUCCCUCUUCUCCAGCCAUAAUGGCGAUCCAGUCCAAGCCAGAAGUAACGGAAAUACUCACCAUCGACUUCGAAGAGAAAGACCCCGAGUCAGCGUUCGUUCCGCUGAGUGCCAUUGAUGGAUGUAGAGAUAUCCACCUACUCAGCGGGAGCACACUCGUCACCAAGAGUCCAAAACACGACGGAAAAGUGAGCAUAUGGGACAUCAGCGAUCAACCUUAUGAGAAAAUCCAGUUGGUGAGCCCUUCACUAUUGCAGGAGUACAGAUGCAGAGCAAUGCAUCUCUGUGACGAUUACCUGAUAAUAUUCCUCAUCCGGACUGUCGAGCUCUACUCGACCAUUCCCCGACCCAACAACAUUGCAGCGCCGGGAGUGCCAAUCUCGUAUCCACUCGCACAGCACAGCUUCCAAUAUCGGAUCAUAGACAACGUCAAUAUGUCAGAACAAGUUAGCUGGCAUGCUGUGCGCUUGCACCGUCCGUUGCCAAUCAACAUUGUCAUUCGAGUUGGAACCUCCCAUUUCCGGCCCGGGCACACAUUGCAUCAUUUCGUGCUUGACCCAAAUCCCGCGUAUGUCCCAGGACGGAAGACUUCUCUAUGCAACCUUCCAUACCUGGUGCAGCCCACUCUAGUGUACACGAGAUGCUCUCCAGUGUGGUCAGAUCUGAAGUCGGACAUUGCUCUCGGACGAUAUGGUACUAUGAUCUUACUUGACAACCAUGACCAAGACGGGACGGAGUAUGGGGACUUCAAACACCAGCGACUUGCAGUACGGAUACUGACGACUACAGGAGGAUCCUCGACUAGCCAGCAUGGUUCACAUCGUUCCAUGGCAUUUCGCGUACGAGCCGGCAACUAUUGGAACGGGGCAGCGAUUGAUGAGGAGUCUGGGAGAAUUGUGGUCAGUGAUGUGGAAGGUAUGAUAACACUCUUCGAAUAUCUUUAA